GCGGGCAGAGCGCGGAGGGCGGAAGCGCUGCGGCGGCUGCAGGGAGGGUCCGGCUCCCGCUCGCAGUCCUCGGCCUCCCCCCGGCGCACCCCACCAUGGGCACCCGCGAUGACGAGUACGACUAUCUCUUCAAAGUUGUACUUAUUGGAGACUCUGGAGUAGGCAAGAGUAACCUUCUCUCUCGAUUCACUCGCAAUGAGUUUAACUUGGAAAGCAAAAGCACCAUUGGAGUAGAGUUUGCAACAAGAAGCAUUCAAGUUGAUGGGAAGACAAUAAAGGCUCAGAUCUGGGACACAGCCGGGCAGGAGCGAUACCGAGCUAUAACAUCAGCGUACUACCGUGGAGCUGUGGGGGCGUUGUUGGUCUAUGACAUUGCCAAGCACCUCACCUACGAGAACGUAGAGCGGUGGUUGAAAGAGCUGCGAGACCACGCUGACAGCAACAUUGUCAUCAUGCUGGUGGGAAACAAGAGUGACUUGCGCCACCUGAGGGCAGUCCCUACAGAUGAAGCCAGAGCUUUUGCAGAGAAGAAUGGUUUGUCAUUUAUCGAGACGUCUGCUUUAGACUCUACAAAUGUGGAAGCAGCUUUCCAGACUAUUCUGACAGAGAUCUAUCGUAUUGUUUCCCAGAAGCAAAUGUCUGACAGACGUGAAAAUGAUAUGUCUCCAAGCAACAACGUGGUUCCCAUUCAUGUCCCUCCAACCACUGAAAACAAACCAAAGAUGCAGUGCUGUCAGAAUAUAUAGAAUUGUUCAUUCUUUCCUAAAAGGCUGUGUAUAUUCCCCCCAGUCCAAGAUUUAAAUAUAUUUGUAAUUCUCAUGGUUACUUUAUUGUGUUUAGUUACUGCUUAUUCCUUCUGAAUUUCUCCAUGUCUUAAAACACUUUGAUUUCAGUGUUUAUGAUUCUGUUGCUUCUGUGUGGCUGCAGUAUUUUCCCAACACCGACUCGUCGGUUUUGAGUCAGUGAAUUGGAUGGAACUGAUCUGAUCUUUGCUACAUGAUGCCUGCUAGUCAGAGCACAGACACCUCUAGUGAGCACUUGGGAGAUGUUAUUCUGAUCCUCUCUAAACAAUUACUGUCAAGUUAACUAGGAAAGUAUCUCUGGGCAGGACAAUCUUUCCUUGUCUUAAGGUGUUGUACACUGCAUCUAAGGCUUGAUGAAGUGCCCCUUGUUCUGAAGUGCAAUUUUAAUGUAAGUUAAAUGUGUUUGGCUGCAUCUUCAGAUUGCCAAGUUUUUUGAUAGAAUAUUAUGGGGGAGAAAAGAGAAUGUUCUGCAAACCAGCAGCAGGGUUCUUGCUUCCUGUGAAUGGGCUGUUGUGGCUUGGCACCUGCUGCAGGGGAGGUUGUGAUGUGAGGCACAGCUGCUGGGAGGCUGCCAGGGAGACGCUGGUGGGGCUCCGUGUGAGCUGCCUCGUGUGAAGGAAGCCAAAGCACAAGCUGUGUAACUGAUCAAGGGUCACUCCAACACUGAAACUUGCAGCAUGGUUUUGUGCUGCCUAAGACUUGGCCUCCACAGUGCUGGUGGUAUCAGGAUUUGAGGAUGCCUUUUUUUCUUUCAUGGCACACAGACUUGAAGGGGUUUGUCAUGUAUGACAUAUCGCAUUUAUUAAUACAUGCCAUGUUUAUUAAUCACAUGCUUGACUUGAUGAAACAGUAACUUCCACAACCUGGCCUUAGUUUUCCAUUCUGUUUCAUCUGGUAUUUUUAAAUUAUUCCAGUGAUUUGGUAAAAGUUUUUUUAACAAAAAUAUCUGGAGUAGUUUUCAUACUGGAUGCCUUUCUUUCUGUGCUUCGUUGCUCCGUACAGAUCCCGUUUGCUCAGCUUGUUCAGGGAUACAUGACCUGUGCCUUCUGUCGCUGCACUCGCUGCUUGGCACCCGCUGCGCGCCAUUCCCAGACACGCCUUGGAGACUGAGACUUGGGGCUGUAGGCACUGCUUUUCGACAGUAUUUAAGAGCUGCUUGUUGUAUAAAUGCCUGCAGUUAUUUAUACGAUGACAGGGAAGUAGUUGAUUGUAGGGGUUGUUGCUCAAACUCUGAUGUGACCCACUUGGAACAGCCAAAGCUGGGCAGGCUCCCCCAGCUGCGUUCCGUACCCAACCUUUCUGUCCUGCAGUGCUCAUGAUGUGUAAGGCACACGGAAGGCAUUGCUGUAGUCAGUCAGUUGGUUUGGUGUUUUGUUUUGGUUUGUUUUUUUUAAAUCCAUUUCUCCUCCUAGUAUUAGUUCUGAAGAUGCUAUUUUGAUCUGUUUGUAAAUUACUUUGUAUUUUAUGCAUGUACUGUACUUUGAUUUGUUAUUUUUUUUAGAUUGAUUUAAAAUAUAUUCAUCCAUGAUUCUAAUAAAGAAUUACAGGGGACAACUCA